AUGAAAUAUCACUAAUUGUCAAAUAGCUAUGUAGAAGCUAAAACAAAAGAAUAUCAGAAUAGGAGAUUUCUGCUAUAGUAACAUCUUGGUUCUGGCUCAGAAGGUGCAGCUUAUCUUGCUAAUGCCGAGAAUUGGGGCAAUAAUCCUUAAUAAGUUGUAAUUAAAAUACAAAAGAACAUGAAAGCUAAUGAGAGAGAUUUUCUAAUAAAACUAAUAUAAUACUAAAACUAGUACGAGAAUGGAAACAAUUUGCAAUAUUAACCAAGCCAACUAAUAAAAAUAUAUGACUUUUUUGAAUGGAAAGAAAAUCAAUGCAUUAUAAUGGAAGUUGGGUAAGAAAAUUUAUAUGAAUACAUUGGUAAUAAAAUGGAUUUAUCAAUGGAAUAAAGAGUAAAAAUUUGUUUUUAAAUCUGUCAACCAAUAUAUUUUUUACAUUCAUAGAAAUUAGUCCAUCGGGAUAUUAAACCUGAAAAUUACAUUAAGGUAGGAGACAUUUUUAAACUUAUUGACUUCGGCUUGAUUAGGGGUUCCAUAUCUGACAACAAAACAUAAUAAGUUGGUAGUGCCAUUUUUCAAGCACCAGAAAUUUUAGAAAAUAGUAGUUCAUAUACAGAAAAAGUUGACAUCUGGUCUUUGGGCUGCGUUUUUUAUGAAAUAUUAUCAACUUAACCAUUAUUUGAUGGAUAAACUAUCCAGUAAGUUCUGACUAGUAUAAGGAAUCAUAAAAAUUAGCCAUUUAUUACUAAUAAUAAAAUCAAAAACUUAAAAAUUUCAUCAGAUGUUAAGGAAAUUUUAAUUAAAAUGAUCUAGUAUCAAGAUCAUGCUCGACCUACAAUAGAAUGGGUUUAUUUACAAUUCCAACAAUAUUACAAAAAUAACGUCCAGAAUUCAGCUCUUAAUCAAUAACAAAUAGGUACACCUGUUCCUCAAAUUUAAUGUAAUCCUUAACCUUCAAACUAAAUACUACCUUCAUCGUAAAUUUCAAUAUAAAAUUCCCUUCCAAAUUAACCUCCAUAAGAUAACCAGAAAAUAACAUUAGAAUAAAUAUUUUCUAAACUAAAUUUAUUAGAAAAUCAAGUAAAAGAAAAAGAUAACCAAAUUUAAGCCUUAAGCUAAAAUCUAGAAAAUAUUGUAUAUUUAUAAUAAGUGGAGAAAGACAAUUAAAAAUAAUAAUUAUAGAGGAAUUUAGAUGAAUAAAAUAAAUAGAAUUUGAAUCAAAUAGACUCCCUAAAAUAAUAAGUAAACUAAGAGAAACUUAAUUAGAACAUUAUCUUAGAAGAGAAAUUAAAAUAAUUUGAAUAACAAAUAACUGCAUAAUAGACUAAAAUUUAAGAGAUUGAUAAAAGAUCUCUCAGCAAGUCGGAUUUGAAUUUUUAAAACCAAAAAGUAGUUACAGAAUAACAAAAUUUAAAAAGCAAAUAAGAAGAUAAAUAUAAAUUAGAAUUAACAAAAGCAAUUUCAGAAUAAGAAACUAAAUAUAAAGUAGAAUUAAAAACAGUAAUUUAAGAAUAAGAAGAUAAAUAUAAAGAAGCAUUAAAAAAAGAAAUCUCCAUAUAUGAAGAGAAAUAUAAAGUAGAAUUAAUAAAAGUAAUUUCCGAAUAAGAAGAAAAAUACAAUGUUGGAUUAAAAAAAGAAAUUUCAGAAUAAGAAAAAAAAUAUAAUGUAGAACUGACAAAAGCAAUUUCAGAAUAAGAAGAUAAAUAUAAAGAUACAUUAAAAAAAGAAAUUUCUGAAUAAAUUUCUUAAAUGUAAAAAAUAUUUUAAAAUCAACUUGUUGAAAUCAAAAUAAUUAAGCAAGCUUAAUUAAAAUUAAAUGAGUUAAAUUAUACCUUAGAUUAAAAUUGA